AUGGUACCAGAAGACUUCGACACAACCUGGGCGUCAUCACAUCUUCCGCAUAAAUAUGGCGGUCUCAAGGUCUGUUACAUCGAACAGGUCAUCGAGCCUACCAUGUUACCAACGAGGACAGAGACUACCGGAAGGACAUUUGACAGAUCAUCACUCGUACCCCUAGGCACACCAGGCUCAUCCCCGGCCGCACGCUUGUCAGCUCAAUCUCUCGCAAACAGACCGUCGCUAAAGCUCAACGACUUCGUAGAAGCCCGCCCGAAGUCUAACCACCGAAACGAGAAAUUUUCUGGACGCGUGGCGCUCAAAGUGAGCCGAACUGGCAUCCCACUCAUAUUGAUGUCCACCCACGUCAUCACUGAAGCGAUCCUUGCAAAGUCGCAUCGCGACAGUAUACUUGGCCGGAAACAUGAUGAACGAGUUCAGAAACUAAAAGAUGAUUGGAACGAGCAUGUUGAAAUCUGGGCUGGUGGUGGAAAUUGCGGAACGAUCCACCAAAGCUUUGACCAGGAAGCGAGAAUUUAUCCGAACGGCUUCAACCACGACAUCACUCUCAUCAAACCCGCGCAUCGGACUUUGGUGAAAGAUGUCGCGUCCCCUGUCAGCGGUAUCGGUUGGCUCAACCACGAUUCGUGGAUUUCGCUCCGCCAGCAGACGACAACAAUCAAGAUCUUAGCUGAUGCCGAAAGCUCAGAGUCCGCGGGAGGCUCACAGGCAGCGAAAAGCAUCAAAUGCAGUCGUCCAUCAGACAUCCUUGUGGUAGGCGAAGGCAUCUUCCUGAACCAGAAAGCUGCAGCGGGCAAUUCGAAGAGUCUCAAACACCACGAUGCGGCAACAUGGAAGGAUCUCGUGUCACGCGCAAUCCUGUACCGUGUCUAUCCUGAUUUCGACCCACCGAACGGCCAUAGCGGCACUGCGCUUUAUGCGGAUGGAACGAGGACCGAUGGAACUGAAGGCCCAGGUGUCGUAGGCUUCCAAAGCUUUGUACAGCGCAGUGGUCACGUGCAGAAUUUCGAGAUGGAAGGUGAUGCACUGGAGCGGCGAUUGAGAGCUGGCAGAGUUGCGUUCUAUGGAGCGUUCGAAGUCCCCGCCGAACUCAAGAAGUACCAUAUAUACUGA